AUGGCCGCCUACUUGCUCAGCGUGGUCUUCCCUCUCAUUUUGUCACCACCAAUUUCCUUCGUAGCGAACUGUGCUGCCACAAUGCUCAAGCAACUGAUGCAUCAUAUACUCUUCAGCACGGGCCUUUCAUCUUCACAAGCUUCCGACGAUGACUUUUUCAACGAGCCGUCCACCAUGCGGCCCCAGAUGACUGCUGCGGCCGCCAAAGACUGCACCACCAGCACCAUUUCGGCAUCACCACAGUCGACGACUUCGGCUUCGACCACAGCGUCCGCCACCACUUAUGCGGUUAUCGCGAGGGAUGUCGCCGGUGCCAGUGUCCACUAUGCAGCUUCGAGCGCAUGA